AUGCCGAACUACAAUGGCACCCAAAAAUACACUUCCUCCCUUCCCCCAGCCCCCUCUUCUGCCUUCGAUCCCGGCCUCUUUGACAGUGAUAACCAGGCGUGCCCCUUUUGCCACAUUUCCUCCACCUAUAGCCCGUACGACCCAUCCUGUCCACCCCCGUCCUCCUCCCCGCUCCUCAACCCCUCUCUAACCUCUCCCCAACCCGCAACCUUCAUGGUGCUCUCCACCCCGUGCCUGGUCGCUUUUCUAGACAUCAUGCCCCUCUCGGCCGGGCACGUCCUGCUGUGUCCGCGGCGGCACCGCGCCAAGCUCACGGAUGCGACCCCGGACGAGGCCACCGAGCUGGGCAGGUACCUGCGGAUCCUGUCCGCGGCCGUGGUGGAGGCGACGGGGGUGGGCGACUGGAACGUGGUGCAGAACAAUGGGGCCGCGGCGGCGCAGGUCGUCCCCCACAUGCAUUUCCAUAUCAUUCCCCGGCCCGAGCUGCGGGACAAGAGGAGCGAGCGGUUCACGGCGACCAUGUUUGGACGGGGCCAGAGGGACGACCUGGAUGAGGAGGAGGGCGCUGCGCUUGCAGAACGGAUCAGGGAGAAGAUGGCUGAGGUUUUGAGAAGAGAGGGCUGUGGGGAAGGGGGAGCAAAGCUGUGA